AUGGAUCUCAGCACGACGCCCAGACGAGCCACGGACGGCGUGGUCGGUGAUCUGCAGAAGACCAGAGUAGCGAAGAGCGUCUUCAGCAUCCGCAGUCUCGUCGACGUCGAGGAGACGGAGCUCCCCGUGCAGGAUGACGAGCUCUCGCCAAAUCAUUCGUCGCGAGGAGGCAGCGAGCAGGCCGUCCCGCAGACGAGUCCUGCGAGCAGCACGAGCAACUCGAGUCAGACUCAGGUGAGCCAGCAGGUGAGCCAGCAGCCUCACCCGCAGCCUCACCAGCAAUCGGCGCCGGCGUCAACGACGACGACGACGACAACAACACCUCAAUCCACCCAAAUGGGCAUCUCUACCGAGGAGGUAAGGCCCGAGGAAGAGGGCACCCACCCGCGAGCGGCGCCGACCAGCCCCGAGAGCGAGGCGGAGGCCGACGACUUUGCGCCUAAGAGAAAGCAGCGUCGCUACAGAACGACCUUUACCAGCUUCCAGUUGGAGGAGCUGGAAAAGGCCUUCUCCAGGACGCAUUAUCCGGACGUGUUUACGAGGGAGGAGCUCGCCAUGAAGAUCGGUCUGACGGAGGCACGGAUACAGGUCUGGUUCCAGAACCGGCGGGCCAAGUGGCGUAAGCAGGAGAAGGUCGGGCCCCAGGCGCAUCCGUACACUCCGUACCCACCACCGUCGGCGGUCGUGGCGCCGACCUUGCCGAACCCCUUCACCCACCUGGCCAACUUCCCGCACAGGAAGCCCUUCGACGUCUUUCGCUAUCCGCCGCUGGGUCACGGCCCGGUUCUCCCCGGUAGUUACGCCGCUCAUCCCUUUCAUCGAGCGCCGCCACCGCUGCUGCCGCCCGGCAUGCCCCUGCCCUACACGUCCGCCGCCUCCUUCCAGAAUUUGCUAGCGAACAUAUCGGCGGCGCAGCGACCGAAGCUGGUGCGCGGCUCGCCACCCCCGCCCCCGCCACCUGCAUCCGCGAUCGCUCUGUCGCAUCCCCCGGUGGCACCCCCGCCCCCGCCCCCGCCGACAGCCACCUCGCCGCAGAGCUCACCUACGGGUAGCGUGGGACUGCCGGACAUCGACAGGAGGACCAACAGCAUCGCCUCGCUGAGACUCAAGGCCCGCGAGUACGAGAUGCAUCUGGAGAUGUUGCGUAAGAGCGGCGAUCUCAUAAGUUGAAACGCUGCCGAUCGGAUGCGACAGACAACGAGCGCGAAUUCUGUCCUGAAUCGAUUCGGACGGUCAUGGAUCAAGGGAUCCGCGUGGAGAACAUCGGCAGGUUGAGUCAAGUGGGGUGAACUCGUCAAGUUCUUAGGGGCACACUUAAAAUCGACGUUUGCCCAAUGUGACGCGGGAUCUCAACAAAAUAUCAAAAUACUUGAUCGAACGCGAAAUUCGACUGUAUAUGGCAAUUUUAGGUUGUGCAAAACGCCACAUUGGUCAGACUGUGAUUCGAGUGCAGUUGAUCGGUCCGCUAUCGACAAUCGCGACGAACUUAGGAAAAUGCGUGAUCGACUUUCGCGGCAAACGAACUGUAUGUAGUGAGUGCUGGUACGUUUGUUAGACGGAACAGAUUCUUUAGUAUCGAAAAAUGGAAUGUGAAAGGUAUGUGAUAAGUUCCGUUUCCCGUCAAAACAUGAAUUAUCGAAUCAACGAUACGAUUUUUAUGUGUUUAUUUCCAGUACGCUUUACGCGGCAAAAAGUAUAUUUUGAGAAAAUUGUUAGUGUAGACGGUUAAAUAUGAUUCUCCAACAUCGCAAUUUAUGCAUCAUUUUUCUCUAUCCGCAUGCGAUAAAAACUAAAAUUACUAUAUUUUACAUUGAUUCGAAUCAUUGAUUAUUAUUUUUCUAACAUUCCACGUGUGUCGAUUUGUAACCUGUUGCAAUCUUUCCGAUUUCAUGCUGAUCGUAUCAACUAAUGAAAUAAUUCGAUUCGAUCAGAACCAAUGGAAAUUUAUAUUAAAAAAAAAAUAAAAAAAAAAUAAAAAAAAUGGAAGAACUCUACUGACUUUUUUGAAAAAUUGAUAGUUUACUUUGCAAAUGUAAUUAAUAAUGAAUAAAAUUUAUUACGAUGCAUAUUUUUCAAUUUUUUUUUGUUUAUACACAUAUGUGAUUAGUUAUAAUCCAUGACAUCGUUCCACAACAUGAAACAAAAAGGAACCCGGAGCAACGUGAACGAAAGCAAGGAAGAGUGAAAUUACCGUUACUCAUGUACAUCGCACUGUGUAUAUAUAGUUUACAGUAUUCCGUAUGCGAGCAAAUUAAUAGAACUGUGCAAAUCGAGGGACUUGCUCGCGCAAGUGCAUCGCGUGGUACAUCGUUUGAAUCUGUUUCAUAUGCAUUGAGAGGUAGGUUUCUUAAUUAGUUCGCAUAGCCGGUAAUCACGUCAGCUUCUAUUAAGACCAGUAUCAUACACGUUGAAUUUAUCACGACGGAUUAGCAUUUUGGUUGCGGUAAGAAAUUUUUCUUUUUAUAUAAAGUUGUUCGGUCAAUUUAUUGUAGGACGUGUGAGAUACUAGUCUGACGCAAUGCUGAUCGUUUUAAAUAUGCGUGAAACAGAUAUUAAUUCUAGCAGGAUCAAAUCCCGAAUAGAAAGGCGGCGAGCUCCGUUAAAAUCAUAUUUUAUUUCAUCAAAUGAUAUAAAUAAAUGUAAUAUCAUAAAAUAAUAAACGAAUAUGUGAAUAAAA